CACAACGAUUGUUAUACAUGAGCUUUUGGGCACCUCAGGUAGGUACUAGGCUAGCUAUAGUUCCCUUUCUACUGCGUAUAUACCUCUAUGUAGUAAAUGCCUACCUAUACAGCUGUACGAAAUCCCAACCCGGCAUCAUGAUUCCGCGCAUUACAUCACUCCCAGGCUGCUAUCUCUGACAGAAUCUAACAUCUAAGCAGUUCAACGAUGCCCUACUAGGUAAUACUAAGCGUCGCGAUGGAUAUAAAUGCCCCAACCCUCUACUCAUUGGACAGAACCGCCUUGCCAAGAGCAGUCUAUACUCAUUCGGAGGCCGAGUAUAACAUCGACAGUUGAAAUGCUUAUCUCGACCCCCGACUGCGGAACCGCGGAUGGCUGGUUAUCUUCCUAUCUUGCCAAGUCGGAGAAAUGACCUGCAUUGCAACAAUAGGUACGGCCCCCCUUUUUUUCGCGGCCUUCAUAUGAUUAGUUGGUCGUAUACGAGAAGUCGGCAUGUAUGCUGCAGAGGGGUUGUAAACCUUAUAUAAAUAUGUCCAAUUCUUGAAUCCGAGUAGUUGACGAUGGGGUUUGGUUGCGAGAGUGUCACUGAAGCGAAGGGCUUCGUUUGUUUUAAAAUAAAUAAAUAAAUAAUGUAUCAGCUAUUGAUACCGAUAGCUAUAGUCCUGGCUGCACCGUUUACCGACGCAGCCACAGUUCCGCCGUUGGGAUACCGGAGACAAACUCUACUGCCCCAAUUCACGCAGAGCAACAACUCUGAUGCGGAUGCUGCUUGCUCGGCAUGUUCACUAUACGAGCCAGCAGAAAAAGUGACAGCCCCCAAAACCAAUGUUUGGGCGCAGAUAUCACCGGAGGAUAAUGUGGCAGUCUGGAAUUUACUCCACGACCCGGCCUCUGGGCUAAACUUGACGGACCCUGAGACGGCGGGCAUCAAUGACAAUUAUGUCUGGUACAUCGACACCGUUCCCGUCAACAAGUCGGCCGUUCUGCCGUACUUGGACGGGUCAGGAUCAAAACCUAGCCCAUGGGCCCGCGCUAUUAUUUUCGAGGGUGGAAGAGCCAACCCGAUUUCUCAGGAAUACAUGAUCGGCCCAUUGCCAAUUUCUAGCGAAACCACCAUCCAAAAAUUAGAUUAUCUCUACAAUGGCGGAACAGGCGGUUCAGUCCCCUUCAACGGCCGAUACUUCGACCAGAAGCGCGUCGACGCCUCCGCGCCCCUGCUCGCCUCCAUCAUGUCCAACCUCACCGACAUAACCACCUCUCUCCUCGGCGGCGUCUUCUACGGCUACUCCGACCCCCGGACGACUCUCUCCGCCACCACCACAACACCCACCUCGUUCGACGGCGACCAGGCCUUCCAGAUCAUCAUGUUCCGGAUCCCGGGCUCCACCAGCUACCUCCGCCCCCUCGACUUCUUCGUGCUGCUCGACAUCCCCGGCACCGACGCCUCUCUCUACCGGCUAAAAGGCCUCGUGACCAACUCCCGCUUCUUCCCCACCGUCCCCGACCUGCAAUCCGCGUUCGCCGCCGGCGAGCUGUCCGAGGACUUCCACCAGCCGCGCAGCGACGACUGGGCCCUCGUGAAGCACAACCCGUCGAUGGGCGCGCGGCCCCUCGAGGAGAAGUUCGCGCCGCAGAGCCUCGAGGUCGGCGGGAAGCGGUACCGGCUCGACGCCGCGCAGCAGUACGUCGAGUACCUGGGGUGGACGUUCUACGUGGCGCACACGCGGGCGCUGGGCGUGAUGCUCUUCGACGUGCGGUUCAAGGGGGAGCGGGUGCUGUACGAGCUGUCGAUGCAGGAGGCGGCGGCGCAGUACGGCGGGUUCCAGCCCAAGGCCGCGACGACCGUGUACCACGACACGCACUUCCAGCUCGGCGCCGACCUGUUCCCGCUCGUCGCGGGCUUCGACUGCCCCUUCGGCGCCACGUUCUGGAACGUCACCGUCCACGACCGCAACGCCACCACGGUGAACCCCGACGCCAUAUGCAUCUUCGAGGCCGACGCGGGGUUCCCCCUGUCGCGCCAUCGCGCGGGCGGCGCCGCGAACGACUACGGCUUCUCCAACCUGGGCGUCGUCAAGGCGUCGCUGCUGACGCUGCGCUCGAUCGCGACCGUCGGCAACUACGACUACCUCUUCGACUACGCCUUCCACGUCGACGGCUCCCUCGAGAUCACCGUCCGCGCGUCGGGGUACCUGCAGUCGUCCCCCUUCUACCGGGAGCAGGGCGCGUGGGGGCCGCGGAUCCACGAGGCGACGCAGGGGUCGCUGCACGACCACGUGCUGACGUGGAAGGCGGACUUCGACGUCCUGGGCACCGCGAACCGGCUGCAGGUGACGGAGCUGCGGGCGGUGAACACGACGCAGCCGUGGUGGCCGGAGCUGGGGGAGUUCGAGCAGCUGCGGCUGGAGGCGCGCGACGUCGCGACGGAGACGGAGCUCAGCUGGGCGGAGAACGGGCAGACGAUGUACGCGGUGAACGCGGCGGCGGCGAAGAACCGGUGGGGGUCGCCCCGCGGCUACCGCAUCGUGCCGGGGAAGUCGAACAUCCGCCUCAGCACGCUGAGGUCGCCGUUCUCGCGCCGCAACACCGCGCUCUCCAAGGCGCACCUGGCCGUCACGCGGCACCACGACGCGGAGCCCUGGGGCAACAGCGUGCAGAACCUCAACCUGCCGUCGCGGCCGCAGCAGGACUUCGCCAAGUUCUUCGACGGGGAGAGCGUCGAGGACGAGGACCUCGUUGUGUGGCUCAACCUGGGCAUGCACCACUUCACGCGCGCCGAGGACAUUCCGGUGACGCUGUACUCGGAGGCGGUUAGUAGCAUCAUGUUCGCGCCGCAGAACUUCUUUGAUAACGCGCAGGAUGGCGAUCUGAGGAAUCGGCGCUGGUAUGUUCCUGAGGUGGUCACGGAGGAUGACGGUGGCAAUGCGACGAUUUUGGCUACGGAUGCGUAUGGCGUGGAGUUGCCGCAGUGUAAGGUUGCGUUGCAAGAGCCGACUGUGGCGCCUAUCGGUCAGAUAUGAUGCGGAUUGCCUAGGAAAUGUAAAUAAUAUCAAGAUGUCUUGCCCAUAGGGGCGUCGCUCGAAAGGUCGUAAAGGUAUCUUGCGAACUAGUGCGAUAUCGAGUGAGGGUUCUUGGAGAAUUUGGCAUCUCUUAGCCUGUUGAUGUAGCAAGUAUUAAGUCUUCCGUGCUGCAUGUCGUGAGACAUAUUGAAUGACUUGAUGCUUCUAAGUAAGCUUAUAGCGACGCUUUAGUUCCUGGAAGAAAUCUCUUGAAAUGUGUGCGUACUACUGACCUAAGGGGAGUGAAGAAAAUACCCAAUAACUCGAUCAGUAACACUGCCCAAAGUAACUCCCUCCCCCUUCUUAUCCCC